CUUUAUUUAUAGGUUCUCAAUUAGGGUUUCCCUUAUUUUAGGAUGUGCUCCGAUAAGGUGGAGAUUUACAUGAUCUUCCCGAAAAGUGGGAGAUUUAGUUAUGCACCUUCCUUAUAGAUAUGGAAGGUUCUAGAAUAAUUCUGGGUAUUUAUGUAAAUAUAAAAGGUUGUAACCGGGUCGGGUGAGCGACGCGGGUCACACCUCGUCAUGUCCCCCCAGUCCGAGCUCAUGGAGGGAGUCCAUUAGGUCGGACUAAGAGAAAAAGAAAAAAGGGGAAACUCGUAAUGAUUUGUGUGACGACCUUUGGAAAUGACGGCGAAAAUAGCGGAUGUGACAGUUGGGUCAUCUCGUCAAUGACAGCUGUCUUUUCCCGUGAUUGACACGUGCGUCGAUUCGUACACAUUUUUGAAUUUGAAAAGUUUUCGUAUCUUAUAAAAGACGAUGCCUUAAACGGAUGUUCAAGAAAUCACCCCCAAAUUACUCUAUCACCAUCUUCUCUAUUCAAUGGCUUCAAAAACGACCGAAUCCUCUUCCGCCGCUUCCAUGGACGUACUACUGUGCAAAUGGGGCGUGAUGUCUUUCAACAAUUUGGUCCAUGAUUAUGGCAUUAGGGCUGAAUGGAAUCCUGUGUUGCCGUCAAAAACCGACACCGCCUUUCCCCUGAAAGCAGGUAAAAUCACUUUGUUUAGUGAUUUUUUCAAGUUUUGCAACUUCCGGUUACCCAUCACCAAAUUUUUGAAAUUGGUGCUUGAUUUCUACCGCAUCCACAUUUCUCAAAUACAUCCUCUUGGCCUUGUGAAACUUCGACAAUUUGAGUAUGCCUGCGUAGCUCUUGGUCACAUCCCAGAACUGAUCGUCUUUAGGGCUUUCUUCGUACUUGUGUGGAAAUCCCCUUUCUUUACCUUUGAUCGGCGGGAUACCGAAGUAUCAUGUCUGAGGGAGAUCCCUACAAGUUCUAGAGACAAGGAUUGGAAGAAAAAAUUCUUCUACCUGGAUGCCAGUGCUAUUCCCGGGGAAAUGCAUUGGCAAGAUAAAGGACCGAAGGAUAAAGUGAAGGAUGAUGCUCCCCCUGCAGAUUCGUACGCGUCAAAUGCGCUGUAUGUAAAACUGUGUGGCCGCCCCUUUGAGUGCACUAUUAUUCCAGAAGGGGCGCUAGUGAUGGCCGGUAUGAGCCUGUUAUGGCCGGAUAUAAGGCGUUAUCCCUCAUUCCAACGGGAAGAUGGAGGGGAGUGGGGGAUGUUUGACUUUGUUGAUCCACCACGUCACCUGGCGUUGAAACCCAACGACCGGAGACUUGAUGAAGGGGAACCAGAUGUGUUGAAAGUGCAUCUGGAACAAUUUCUUCUACCGGCGAUGCCAACGGAUCCCUUGGAGUAUAUCGCUCCCUUGUCGGGUAUGGCGGCCGCUACUUCAGCAUCAUCAGAGAAGAAACCUAUUCGGCUAAAGCUGUCUGGGAGAAAACCUGCAGCAACCACUGUCAGCGUGCCCGUGAUGGAAGAGACGCCCAACGCGAGUCGUGAAGUUUCCUUAGCUUCCGACCUGACCAGUCCUGGCCGUGCUUCGAAAAAGAGGAAAAUCUUUGUGGCACCUACGCUGAGCGCGUUUCAGGCGGUGCAAGCCGCAUGUGCAAUUUCACCAGGUACCUUUGCGGGAAUAUCAUCCGGGGGUGUGCCAUCCACUGUUGUUUCGACUAUGGCGGCGUCUUGUACUGGUAGUACCAGCAUGCCUACGAGUCCACAAGUUUCAGCGUCAUUCGCUCCCGCUGUGAGCUGCAUCAUGCCCAUUCCUAGUUCUACGGUAUCCAUAGCCGUAACUUCCGAGCCGCUGCCCUCGCUUCGAUCAGGUGGUUUUGACACAACCCUUCCUGAAUCGCCCAAGGACAUGUUUGCUGGUUUUGACACCAAUGCUGCUGCCGCGUCGACCGCGCAUGAGGUAACUAGCGUGGGUGGAGGCGAUAAUCGUGCGUCGAGCAGCGGCAUUGCUGACGAUGGUGCCCGCUUGAUUGAUGAUUUGUUUAUACCUACCGUUUGUUGGGAUCCUCAUGCCCAGGAUAAACGUUACCAGCCUCAAUGGAAGAUUGCUGAAUCUUCCCGACUUAUCUUUCCUCCAGUUGUCCAACAUUGGGUUGAGAGGGCGUACCCCCCGCUGAAGCGGCGUAUGUUGAGGGGUUAA